UCUUCUGCACAUAUAAGCCAUCUGAGAAGUUUCUACCCCUUUGCUGAUGCCACAAAGGGCGACGACUUACUCCCGGCGGGGACUGAGGAUUACAUUCAUAUAAGGAUCCAGCAACGAAACGGAAGAAAAACCCUAACAACUGUUCAGGGAAUUGCAGAUGAUUAUGACAAGAAGAAACUUGUGAAAGCUUUCAAAAAGAAAUUUGCUUGUAAUGGUACUGUGAUUGAACAUCCUGAAUACGGUGAAGUUAUCCAGCUUCAAGGUGAUCAGAGGAAGAACAUUUGCCAAUUCCUCUUGGAGAUUGGCAUUGUCAAGGAAGAACAACUGAAAGUUCAUGGUUUCUAAAAUACCUGUACUCUCAUGAAGAAUCCUGCAGUAUUUGGUCUUACCUAGCCUGGCUCUUCUGUGAAAUAUGAAUCUUUGCAGUGGAUGGACUUCCUUGUUACCUGAACAUUUAAAAUUUGAUUCAGAUUUGCAUGACUGUGUGAAACAUGUGGCGUGUAGACUAGAAACACAUAAGAAAACUUCGGUAAGGUGGUAAUAAAGACACUUGUGAACUUUAACACAUUUCCAGUGGAAAUGUUUGGGUGAUCAUUGUUCAGUUUAGUACUCUCCACCUGACUUAAAUGUGUGGCUUGUAUUAAAAUAGUGUGUGUUGUUGCUUAAAAAUAAAAAUUUAUUCAUAU